UGGAAAAACAAGUUGUAGUUACAAAGAAUUAGGUUAUGUUAAAUGAAACCCACUUACUGCAUUUGUUGCAAUUAUUAAUUGAUUAAGCCUAUUGCAACUAUUUUAAUAAUAAUGGAUAAAACGGUAGAAAAUGAAUGGAAGCCUAAUGAGGACUUACUGAGAAUGCUAAUGGAGAUGGGAAUAGCAAAAAUAGCAGCAGAACACGCUCUCUUUUAUACCGGAAAUAAUUCUGCAGAAGCUGCCGCCAGUUAUGUUUUCGAUAAUUUCGAAAACGACGAAGCGUCCACGCCGCCCUUAACGUCACUUCUUAAAACCCAACUGUACGAAAUCGAUGGCACAGAUGGAUCGCCAAGAAGGAAUCCUUCUGGGGAGGUUGUGGAUAGCGGUGAUGAGGAAGAUGCCGCUGAAGGUUUGCUUGACCCGGAAACCAGCUAUAAGAUGGUUUUUGUAGUUAACUCUUCGCUUAAUAUGGGAGUCGGGAAGUUAGCGGCUCAGGUAGCACACGCAUCUUUAGGUCUCUAUAGGACACUUAUUGAAUUCCAUACGAUGGAGCAGGCUGUGGAUAAAUGGACUAAUGAAGGUGAGAAGAAGGUGGUAUUAAAAGGUGAAAAUCACAUACACCUGCAAGAGCUACAAAAGCAAGCCGAAUUUAGCAACAUACAUUCGUAUUUAGUUCACGAUGCCGGUAGAACACAAAUUCCUCCCAAUUCCGUUACAGUUCUAGGAUUAUUCGGCGAAGAGAAGAUAGUUAAUUCGGUUACUGGGAAUCUCAGUUUAUUAUAAGUGUGUUACGAGAAUUUGUGAUGUAGACAAUAGUUGCCUGUUUUAACUUAUUUGUUUAUGAAAUUUUGCUUUAACUAAUACGGCAUCAUUUUUACUAUUAAGUGGAUUAAUAAACUUUCACAAGGUAAUAGUACUAA